GCGUCAACGCUGGCCGUAGAUCAGUCGGCAACGUCGCGUGCGCAUCUCACGGUGCGUUCCAAAUUUAAAAUUAAUCGCGUGUGUGAUCGUGAAGUGUGGAUUAAAAUAUUGUGAGAGAAAAGAAAAAUACGUAGAAAAUGGAACCCCUAGUAGUAGACGUAGUUCACUUCUAUCCUAAAGAAAACGCACAGACCCACAAUACUGUGAAAUUCGAAGUGGUGAACGAUGAGAACCCUACGACCACGAUCCUCCGCCGAGGACAGCCCUUCAACGGGGUGGUCCGAUUCACCAGACCUUACGACGAGGGAAACGAUUUGGUGCAGCUUGUCUUCACCUUAGGUGAUAAGCCCCAGUUCGAGACCACGGGUUCAGUCCACCUUCGCCGAGAUGCAGUCUCCGACCAGCAUUCCUGGACCGCCAGGCUAGUUGAUGUCCAAGAAGACACACUAUCGUUCGAGGUGUCUACCCCUGUAUCCCUUCCAGUCGGCUGCUGGACCCUACGCGUGAUCACUAAGAGGAAGGACAGUCCCGAGAAAAGAAUCUAUGACUUCGACCAGGAUGUCUACUUUCUCUUCAACCCUUGGAACCCCGAUGACCAGACCUACAUGGAAGACUGCCAGUUACUCCAAGAGUAUGUCCUCAAUGACGUGGGGAAGGUGUGGGUGGGGCCCAUCAAGACCACCCGGGGGAAGCCCUGGUUCUACGGGCAGUUCGACGCUGUGGUGUUACCAGCUUGCAUGUUCAUGUUGGACAGAGCUGACAUUCCUUUCCACCAUCGUGGGGACCCAAUAAAAAUGACCCGAACCAUUUCUCGGAUCGUCAAUUCCAACGAUGAUGCCGGCGUGUUGAUCGGGCGUUGGGACGGCAACUAUGAUGAUGGAACAGCACCUUCCGAGUGGACAGGGUCGGUGGACAUCCUCCAGCAGUACCUGGAGACGCAGCAGGAGGUCCCGUACGGACAGUGCUGGGUUUUCGCUGGCGUUGUUACUACUGUGUGCCGCGCCCUCGGCAUUCCAUCUCGCGUGGUCUCCAACCUGGUGUCAGCCCACGACGCCAACAACUCCCUGACCGUGGACAAAUACUACACCGAGAACAUGGAGGAGCUGGACUUUGAUCCCAACAACCCAGUCGGUGCUGACUCCAUCUGGAACUACCACGUGUGGAACGAUGUGUGGAUGGCGAGGCCUGAUUUGCCUGCAGGUUAUGGAGGCUGGCAAGCCAUUGAUGCUACUCCUCAGGAAACAUCAUCAGGGGUGUACCAGUGCGGUCCAGCUUCACUCGAAGCCAUCAAGAAGGGGGUCUUAGGCCUGAGUUACGACGUGGAGUUCAUGCUGGCCUCAGUCAACGCCGACCUGAUGCGGUGGAGGACCGACCCUGAAUCGGAGACAGGGUUCUCCAUGGUGGAUACAAAUAAUUAUCACAUCGGCCGCAUGAUCCUGACGAAGAAGCCGUACGUGUUUGACCCCCUGGGAGACGAAGACCGACAGGAGAUCACAGACCAGUACAAGUACCGGGAGGGCACCACCUCUGAGAGGCUGGCACUCAUGAACGGGGUCAGAUUUUCUGAGAGGGCAAAGAGGUACUACGCUGUGAUGAGUAACCUGAAGAAUGACGUCACUUUCAAACUACGAGAGCUGGAUAGCGUCCCCAUCGGAGAACAGUUCAGGGUCACUGUUGAUAUUGAGAACCAGUCCAACGAGGCCAGAAACAUCAAGGCAUCACUCUCGGCUGCCAGCGUGUUCUACAAUGGCAAUCGUGCUGAUGUCGUGAGGAAGGUCGAGGGGAAAAUCCCUGUGGCCCCAGGGAAGACUGAACAAAUAAGCAUUCUGGUGAAAGCUGAGGAGUACCUCCCUAAGCUGGUGGAGUACUGCAACAUGAAGAUAUCAGCCAUGGCCAUAGUGGAGGAGACCAAGCAGUCCUGGGCGGAUGACGAUGACUUCCAAGUCCUCAAGCCUAAUAUUAGCAUCAAGUUCAACGAAGACCUAAUCAUAGGGCAGCCAGCUACAGCUGUAAUCUCGUUCGUCAACCCGCUGGCCGUGGCGCUGACGGGGUGCGAGUUCAGGGUGACGUCGUCCGGCAUCGUGGGCCGUACGCUGCGUUGUCCGGCGCCCGACGCCCCGCCUAAGGGGCCGCUGUCUAUUGAAUUACCUGUGCAGCCUAAUAAAAUUGGCAACAUCAACUUCGUGGCGACCUUCAAAUCAGCCGAGCUGAAGGACAUCACUGGGGCAGCUACAGCAGAGGUGUUCGAAGGCUAAAACAUCUAAUAUAUGUAUAUAAAGUUAGAUAUGUAUUUAGUAUAAGUUUUGAUUUAUAAGUUGAAAUAAUGAGAAACUUAACAGAAAAUGAAGAAAUUAAUGUAAAACUUGAGAGGUAUCUAAUAGAUCGAAAGAUAGCUAGAUAAAAUAUAAUAAAAACAAAUGUUAUUUAAUGAAUUCAUUUGAAAUGUAGUGUUUUUACUACUGAUAUUAUUUUUUUGAUCCGUCCGACAUAUAAUGAUGUUUUUGAAAUGUCUCUAGUACCAUUUAAGUGAAAAAUUUAUAAAAAUGUACGGAAGAAAAUACUAAUCAUCAUUUACUGAAAUAAAAAAAUCAGGUAUCCCGAUUCGGUGGUAACACCAUUCAUAAGAAAAAAAUGGCAACUUAUACAAUAAAUAUACAAUUACGAAGGUCGUUUACUUAUAAUUCUCACGAUUUUUGUUCAACCUUGACAGUGAUAAAAUAUUAAUUAAUUUAGAUUUUUUUUCAACGUAUUAAAUAUAAUUAACAAUAUAAAAAAAA